UCCCCUUUUAGGAGCGCAGCGCCUGUUUAGCUGAGCGCAGAGAGGAGGAGCUGCACUAGCGUUCAUUCAGACAGCAGCUCUCUACUCGCACACAGAGAGUAAUGAAGAGCGAGAGGGGGCGUUAAUGCUGAACCUAAGGAGAAAUACUUCAACUUGAAGGAUUUCAUUUUAACGGUGGAAAAAGGAGAAAUGCUUAGGAACGAAGUAAUACAGCGAGAGGAGAGGCUCUGGGAGAAGCUUUUCAAGUAGGUCGGUCCAGCUGGAGAUGGAUUUCAUCACUGAUCCCGAGGAUAAUUCCAGCUUCCAAUAUAAUUUAUCUGGGAUUGUUCAUGCAGAGAUCAGCGAGCCCUAUCACAAUGUGCUCAUGCCAAGCAUCUACGGUGUCAUCUGCUUUGUGGGGAUCAUUGGGAACUGCAUUGUUAUCUACACCAUAGUCAAGAAGACCAAGUUUCGGGCUCAGCAGACGGUGCCUGACAUCUUCAUCUUCAGCCUGUCCAUUGUGGACCUGCUCUUCCUUCUGGGAAUGCCGUUCCUCAUCCACCAGCUGGUGGGAAACGGCUCUUGGUGUUUUGGAGCCACCAUGUGCACCGUCAUCACCGCAUUGGACUCCAACAGCCAGACAGUCAGCACCUACAUCCUGACCGUCAUGACGCUGGACCGAUACUUGGCCACAGUCCACCCCAUCCGCUUUAACCAUGUGCGCACCCCGUGCAUGGCCGUCUCCGUGGUCAGCCUGGUGUGGAUACUCUCCCUGCUCUCCAUUACGCCUGUUUGGAUGUAUGCUGGCCUCAUGCCUCUACGAGAUGGCUCUGUGGGCUGCGCUCUUCUUCUCCCCAACCCGGCCACAGACACCUACUGGUUCACCCUCUACCAGUUUGUGCUGGCUUUCGCCCUGCCUCUGGUGGUCAUCUGCGUGGUCUUCUUCAAGAUCCUCAAGAACAUGGCUGCCACAGUUGCUCCUCUUCCACAACGCAGUCUUCGCGUCCGUACGAGGAAGGUUACCCGAAUGGCGGUGGCUAUCUGCUUGGCUUUCUUCAUCUGUUGGGCCCCGUAUUACAUCUUACAGCUGGCCCAUCUGGGCGUCCAGCGGCCAAGCUUCGCCUUCCUCUAUGCUUAUAACAUUGCCAUUAGCAUGGGAUACGCCAACAGCUGCAUCAACCCACUUCUGUACAUCAUACUUAGCGAGACCUUCAAGAGGCAAUUCAUUGUGGCCAUCCGGCUGGGCCACAGGGACCUACGGGUCGAUCCUGGGAUGGCAGAUGGCAGCGUGAGUCUACGCUUGGCGCCCGAUGGGGCACAGCAGUCCCAGUCCUCCAGAGAGCUCCUGCCCGUCACGGUGGCUGUGCACUGA